GACGUACCCGGAACUGUUUCCAAGGUUUCCUAAGGUUCCGGUUGUGACGCAGUGACAGGUCCUCCCGGGAGCCAAGGCAACCGGUAUCUUCCCAGGCUAGCAAGAGCGCCCCCUUCUCCCCGGCUUCGGGGACACAGCGGCAGUGAUGGCUCCGGUGUCUGGUUCGCGCAGCCCGGAGAGGGAGGCCUCGGGCUCUAGGGUGAGGCGUCGCAGUUCGUCGAGGAGCCCUAAGCCCAGCAAAUCCGCCCGAUCCCCGCGGGGCCGCCGCUCUCGCUCGCACUCUUGUUCUCGGUCUGGGGAUCGGAAUGGCCUCAGCCAUCAGCCGAGUGGCCUCGGCCAAAGCUCCCGAAACCAGCCCUACCGCUCCCGCUCGCGGUCACGCUCUCGAGAGCGGCCUUCUGCGACGCGGGGCACCCCCUUCUCUUCUGCUUCGUCCGCCUAUUAUGGCGGCUACUCACGCCCCUACGGGAACGACAAGCCAUGGCCUAGCCUCUUGGACAAGGAGAGGGAGGAAAGCCUACGGCAGAAGAGAUUAAGCGAGAGAGAGAGGAUUGGAGAAUUGGGAGCUCCUGAAGUAUGGGGACUUUCUCCAAAGAAUCCAGAACCAGACUCUGAUGAACAUACACCAGUAGAGGAUGAGGAACCAAAGAAAAGCACCACUUCAGCUUCUACUUCGGAAGAAGAAAGGAAGAAGAAGAAGAAGGAUAGUCACUCAAAAGAAAGGUCCAAGAAAAGAAAAAAGAAAAAAUCAUCUAAAAGAAAACACAAGAAUUAUUCUGACGAUAGUGACAGUGACUCUGAUUCUGAAACAGACUCCUCUGAUGAAGAUACAAAAAGGAGAUCGAAGAAAGCCAAGAAAAAGGAAAAGAAGAAGAAACGCAGAUCGAAGAAACACAAGAAAAAGAAGUCUAAGAAGAACAGAAAAGAUUCCAGUGAUUCAAGCUCUAAAGAUUCCCAAGAAGAGUUUCUGGAGAAUCCCUGGAAGGAUCGAUCAAAGCCUGAAGAACCCUCGGAUUUAAUUGGCCCAGAGGCUCCCAAAACACUCGCCUCUCAAGAUGAUAAACCUCUGAACUAUGGCCAUGCCCUGUUACCUGGUGAAGGUGCAGCUAUGGCUGAAUAUGUAAAAGCUGGAAAACGUAUCCCACGAAGAGGUGAAAUUGGUUUGACAAGUGAAGAAAUUGCAUCAUUUGAAUGCUCGGGUUACGUAAUGAGUGGUAGCAGGCAUCGCCGAAUGGAGGCUGUGCGACUACGGAAAGAGAACCAGAUCUAUAGUGCAGAUGAGAAGAGAGCUCUUGCAUCCUUUAACCAAGAAGAGAGACGAAAGAGAGAAAACAAGAUUCUGGCCAGUUUUCGAGAGAUGGUAUACAGAAAAACUAAAGGGAAAGAUGACAAAUAAAGAUUUUGGGCUUGUUCUGCAGACGUUUUUAACAGAAAGUCUGGGUUUUAUAUAUACCUACAAAAAGAUUGUUACGGCCUGAAACGCUUUGCAGUGCUACUGUGCCUUCUAUUUAAUUCUUUCUGUCUUUCAAUAAAAAGCUGCUUAUUGAUAUAACAUUAGCAAAUUCUUUGGGUUAUUUUGAUUGACCAUAAACCUUUCUGAUUUAAAAAUCCAAAUUAUGAGUGAAAUCCUACUGUAUUGGGUGAGGUGACAUUGAGAGAAAAUAUCAGUGAGAUGAGAAAUUUAACUCUCACAGCAUGGGACAGUGCUACUCAUAGCUCUACACAACACCUGCCCCCACCCCAACUGAAAUGGUGGGAAAUUACCAUUCCUCUAUAUUGAGUGUGUUGUGAAUGGACUUGAUAGAAACAUACAGGAGGCCAGUUUUGUCAACACAAUGAAGGCAUUGCUGAAAAAAGCAAAUCUGGAAUUUGAAGAUUGACUUUUAUUAUACAAUAUAUAGUCCGCUCUGCGAAUAAUGUAUUUUGGUUUUAGUCAAUGACAAAUCCCCAAACCAGCAAAUAAACCAAAAAGCAAACUAACCCACAGACUUGUUGAAUUGAAAAUGUGAACAUUAGUUUUAAAAAUUCUUAGUAGGUUACUUAAAAGUGUUUUUUUUUUUCAAAUAUAAAAUAGUGGAAAGUCUACUGUUGUGCCACUGUAAGUACAUUAUUUCCAUCUAAGCUUUAUGUAGAUCAUAAUUUGAAAACUAGAAAUUAAUGGGAGUCAACUAUGGUCAGUAGUUUAAUAGGGAAAAUAAAAUGAAUCAUUAUUUUAACUCAGUUUAUAAGGAUGAAGCUAAAAUGAUAUCAAACAUUUUGCCUGUCCUUUAUGUAAUAGGCAGAUUUUAUUUUAAAUGUUGUUUAACCUUUCAGAUUGUUUUUACAUCUAUGAUUCAGUUUAAUCUUUAACUUUGUAUAGAACCCUGCAUAUUUAUCACUUUUUUAUGUCUACUAUUGACUUUUAAGUUUGGGAGAAAUGGAAAAUUUUGGGACUAUGAGAUUAUAAUCUUUUUCCUUCCCUAUGUCGUUCAGUUUUAGUCAUUAGGUAACAAGAGUGAAGGGAGGAGACAGUGGAAGUUCAGGUUGUUUUUGUUAAAGUUGUUUUGAGCUGCAUUACUAUUUUGUACCUAGGAUAAAUUUAAAUUUACCUGGGUGAUAAGGAAAUUCUGACUCUGCUCUUAUAAAAUGCCCUCUUCUCUCUCCUUAGAAUAGUUUAAAGUCAUUUUUUCAAAGUUUUAAAAUAAGACAGUCAGAUUUCAAAGCAUAAAUCAGAAUUUUACUAUUUAGCAUAUAUUCUAGGAAAAUGUCUACCUUUAACGCACAACUAAUGAACUAAACAACCACUUGGCAUGUAGCAACAUUUAUGAAUGCUACAUGAAUUCUGAAGUGAAGUGAAUCUGAAGUGAUUUCUAUUUAUAAUCAUUGCUGAGAAAUCUGUUUUUUCCAAAAGUUAAAAGGAAACUAACUAGGUUCCAAAUGUAUAAGUUGUAAUCCAUCUACUUCCCUGUGUAAUAAAACCAAAACUUUUAAUCCCCAUUUAAAAAUUUUGUUCUGUAAGGAUGUUAUUUUUUGUUACUGGUUCCUAGAGCCUAAAUGAGCCUAUUCUCUUAUUUUUAGUAGGCAAGAUAGUUCAAAUGCAACAAUUUUGUGAUACAUGAAUACUAUGGAUUUUUAUCAGAUUCUCCUGUCUCUUCCACAGAGCAGAUACUCAACAAAUGCUUGUUGAGUGAUUGGAAGAAAAUAUAUUAACUUAUUUCAGAGCUUUACCAUUUCUUUCAUCAGUGUUUGUUCAGGAAAGAUGUGCCAAGAACAGCUUUGGUGGCAUAUUUUUGGGAAAAGGGGAAGGAAGAAUAAAAGGGCUGAAAGUAUUUUAUUUUCAGCUCAUGAGAGCUACUACUUCAAACUGUGUGCUUAGUCACCUGAGCCAUAAUUCUAAUAGGAGGGCUGUUGUAUUUGAAAUACUACAUGUUUUCUUCUCCAGGGAGACUUUUCUAGUUUCCCACCUCCUCACCUGUUGCUCUAAAAUUUUCCUUCCCUUUUUAUUUGUUGUAUAAGUGUAACAGUUAAAAAAAAGAGAAAGAAAAAUUACCCACAUUCUUACCACAUCAGCUGUCUUUAGGGUUCUGUGUUCACUUCCAGUGCUUGUCUAUGUAAAUAUGUAUUCUGAUGUACCUAUAAGUAAUCACUCCUAAUGUAAUUUGUCUUUGGUAUUUUAAAAUUUUGCAGCCAGGCAAGACAGCCUCACAGGGAUGGUAGGAACAAUUGAUAAUCUGGUGUGAGGAUGGGAAGAAAACAAGAAAUAAGUGAGGGUGGAGACCGAACCUUCCGUGUUUUUUUGCCCCCAGUCCUGAAGCCACGCUGCUGCCAUCAUGAUUGCAAUGAUGCCCAGUUUGAGCUUCAGACUGUGUGUACCAAGAAGGCUUACCUCACAGUAAAUGAAGGGGUCUGUGAGCAGAGAAACCCUUCAGACUGACUGGUUAUAUUAUAAGCCAUAGAACCAUUGCUGUUUUUCUGUUCCCCAGUUGUGCCCAUAAAGAGGUAUAUCUGGGCUGGAUACUUAGGCUCAAAUGGGGGGACAGGCAGUCAAGUACCAAUCUCUGUUGCUCUGACAGGUGAAUUUUAGCAACUCUCUAAACUCAGCUUCUAUACCUGUAAGACUGUGAGUGAGGCAGAUAGUGAUGGGGGAAAACUUUUAGAAAGUAGAAAACAACUUACUGGUUACUCUAUUAGCACGAUGCAAGUUGCCAAAUGGAAAAUGAAUGAAUGCAAAAAAAAUACAGCUGGAUUGUGUGCCACAAGUUUAUUAUUCAAUAAAUGUUUUGUGGUUUGA